AUGACUGGACCGCUAGGCGGCAAGAUUGUGGUACCAGCCCUGACGAUCUUCACGGGCGUCGCUGUGGGGUACUACGUCUACAAGCCUAUACUACAUCAAUAUGCGCACGACACCGAUGGAACGUGGAAGGCGGAGAAGCUAGAGGGCAAGCUGACGGGCCCACCGGAGAUGAAAGAGGCACAAGCAGACACGAGAUCGCCGAUACCGGAUAGACGAAAGCUAUGA